GUAAACAACAUUUAAUAAUUGCCAUGGUUCCAUAUGCAUUUCUAUCCUCUUUCUCUCUCUUUUUCUGUCCAAAAUAUUUGAAACAAUCAACUAUAGAAUGAAAGUCAACGAUGUUUUACUUAUAAAUAACCUUUGUUGAGUUUUAUGAGCUAUGUGUAUUUGUAUCAGAGAGCAUAGCAUAAGGGAAAUGAAGAGGAGUAGAGAUACUGAGAAGAGAUCAGAGAUAAACUCUGCCAUUGAAGAGCUUUCAGUUCUUGUUAUAGUCAAACCUGGAGAAAACCAUGAAGCUGCACCUGCACGCAUCCCAACCAAGCCUUUCCUAUCUCUAUGUUACAUGAUUCUACAAGUUCUUGAUAAGGUAGGCCCAACAAUGGUUGUUAUUAGACAAGACAUUGACCAGAAUAUUAAGAGGUUGGAAGCUAUGUAUGAAUCAAACCCUUUAAUCAAUUCAAAUUUAGUUGAGAUAUUGAAAUCAGAAACUAGCAAAGGCAUUGCAAAGAAGAGGAUCAGUGGCAGUAAAUCCUUUGUUUGGCUUACUAGAUCCUUGGAUCUCACAUCAGCAUUGUUACAAGCAUUACUAGUAAAAGAGCCUAAAAAGAAUAUGGAACAAGCAGUUCAAGAGUCUUAUGAUGCAACUUUGAAGCCAUGGCAUGGAUGGAUUUCAUCCGCGGCUUUCAGAGUUGCUAUAAAGCUAGUACCGGAUACUAAAACUUUCAUGGAUCUCAUCAGUGAAAAAGAUGAAGACUGUGACACCCUAACGGAGAAAAUGCAGAUUUUGGUUUCUUUGCUAGUGCCAUUUCUGGAGGAUAUCCAUUGUAUUCUAAAAGUGUAUAAAUUGGACAGGCUUAAAUCAAACUGAAGUUUAGAUAGAAAAGCUGAUCUAGAACUUUUCUUAGUGUAUAAUGAAUAGUUUGGUUUCAUGUAAAUUACUUGUACAGUAAAAUUUUGUAUCAUCAAGCUUUGUAGUUACAAGUUUGCAUCAAUGUAAGACUUUCAACAUAGCCUAAAAUCAAAAUGGAAAAAGUUGAAAUAA